CACCCUAAGCUACACUCUCUGCUUCCUAAAAUGCUUAACCUAUAUAUCUAUCAGUCAACGCAUUAUUAAUUAUGGUUAUUAUUUAGAGGGAGUUUGGCUACACAAAAAGGCCUGGACAUCAGAAGAAAUCACCAGUAGCAGAUGGCUGAAAGGAUCCUUUCCUUUGUAAAGAAAACUACCAGGCAAUUUUAGGGCACUCUGGAUGAGGUAGGUAUAUUAUCCAUGUUAGCAUAAAGUGCAAAUACAGAGGAUUCACUGCAAAAUGAAAACCAGUUCAAAUUGACACACUGGUUCAGAAACAGCAUUCUUAAUGAUAGAAAUUUAAGAUCUGGUUGGGUGGGCAUCGAUUACCUGGGGACCAUGUUGCAGACCAUGUACACACUUUGGGGUGGUAAUAUCUUUCUACUAGGACUCUGCCAAAUGAAAGUUUCCCCCCUAGCAAUCAUCGAUCCCAAUCUGGGGUAACUUGUUUUCAUCAAGGAAACAAUCAAUGGGAGCAAACACAAGGUUCCAUAUGCCCAUGUUUUGACAGUGAAACCUAAAAAACUUUGUGGCACAAUAAAAGCUACGCAGGCUACUGCUGAAGAGAGAAUAGUGACCUGGCGUCUCAGUAAGUAAAAAUUGUACAGCAAAUUACUUGAACCCUAUUUUUCCUAAUACAGAGAUCCUGAGAUAAAACUAAUCCAGUGUGAAUCACCUUUUUUUUUUUUUUUUUUUUUUUUUUUUGCACCAGUGCCUCCCUGCCGAUGACCCAGUGCCCCUCCAGGAGAUCUGCUCUGGCACGAUUCUGAUAAUUAACAGAUAUUAACAGAUAAUUAAACAGGAUGUAUGAAUGAGCCUCUGAGCAAUUUUCAUAUAUAUUAUUACAUUGUUCUUUUUUCUUUUGCACUAAUGACUUUUUUCUAAAACAAUUAUGUCUAGUAAAAAGGGUAUUAUUUAAUUUUUAUACUGUUAAAAUGUUUUAUUAUUAUCUACCUAAGGCAAAAUUACGAAGUUAUUCAAUGAUCAUGACAUUUCAACUAAAAAUUGGUAUCAGAGAUACUAGCCCUGUAGUUACUAGCCCUGUAGUUACUUGCCAGCCCCUUGCCAGCUGGCCAAUCAGAAACAGAGGAAGCAAUUUGCCUUCUUGCCUCCUGUCCUCCUGCUUGUUGGACCCUGGUUUUAAAGGUUUGUGGUGGGAAGAUAGAGCCUAGGUAACGCUGGGGUACCCCAUACACUUUGCAGUCACAUAGUUUGCAUUGUUACCACAUUAGUUAAUGGGUUGAUGCCACCAAUAUAAGUUUUAUUUAAGCCCAGUUGUAGAAAAGAUAGGUAGGCAAAAACGACCAAAAACCGUGACUGGUUCAAGGCACAGAAUAAACAAACAAACAAAAAAAACAAUAACACACGAAGAAAACCCUAAAAACGGUUUACAUCACAAAGCUACUGGCGACAUGCAGCCACUCUUAUAGGUGCCAUAAACUGGCUAUGACCAGGUGCUCCUUGCAAGAUUUCUGCCAGAGGUGUGGAAAGAAAAACCAGAAGAGUUGUCCAAGAGCCAAGGACCAUUUGUGGAGAGCUUCGGAAAGACCAGGAAUUAGCAGGUACAAUUGUUUCAUAGAAAACGAUGAGCAGUGCACUCAACAGCCAUGGCCCUAUAAUAGGGCAAACAGAUUCUAUAUAAUAGAAUAGAAUAGAAUUUAUAGGCAUUGUACAUCUCAGCAUACAAUGUAAUCGGAGAGACCAUCUUGUGCAAGAACAAGAACACGAACGAGAAUACCUCUAGUAUGUAUAAAUAGAGUAAGAAAAAAGAAAAAAGGCAGGUAAAUGAAAUUCCUUUAUUUCUGACAACUAUAUUUAAAGUCAUGUGACUACCCAAAAAUUCACAGGAGGAACUGAUAAGGGGAUCUGUAACAACACUGAAAUAAAUAAAAUCUUAUUGAUGCCCAUCUCCAAUUAUGACAGCAGAGAAUGAAAAGUGCCUUACACACACAACCCAUUCAUAGUUGCUAAAUUAGGAUAAAAUAGAAGGCUCUGAGUGAGUCUACAUGAAAAGCCAUUUGGGAGUUAUAAGAGAUGGCUCUUCUAAGGGAGUUUACCGAAAAGAGCUGGAUCUUUGAAACACGUCAGACUUCCCAUGACUGGAAAGAGGGAGGGAGAGAGAAUGCAUUCAUGGCAUACAAUGUAUUCUUCAUUUCCAUCAUUGUGCUUAAAGUACUAAGAAGGAUAAUAUCUAAUACAGACAUGGUGAGUAUGUUUUCCUGUUUUCAACGAUUGAAGAACAAUUAGAAACAGUGUGUGUUCAGUCAUUAAAUCAGUAAACCUUGCCUCUAGUUAUAUGCUGGAAAUUUAUGGAAAAGCAGAUACUGUACUAUAGAAGAUGCUGAAGCCUUCUAGAUGAGGUCAAGCAGAAAGUAACACUGAUAGUUAGUCAACAUACAAUAUGCACAGCAAAACGCACACACACACACACAUACAUAAAAAAAACAAACAAAAAAAACGGUCAACUGUCAUACAAAGAAGAAGUAGAAGUAAAAGCAAAUUAAGAUGUGCAAUUCCAGUUAUGAUGCCAUCAUAAAAAACAAACUUUACUUUCACAAAUUCUCGAGCUCUGGUUGGCAAAGUAUCUAAAAUUAUAAUUGGGGAUGACAUUAGGGGUUAGUGUUAUCACCAUUUGAGUGUUUUAAGGGAGAUUAAGUGACAACAAGUGACUAUUUUUGGUAAUGUUAAAAAGUAAUGUUUAAAAUACCUUUAAUAAUUUGCUUCUUUUUUAACUUGAGCUCUGUCAAAUUGUUCCAUAGUUGCGCAGGGAGAAUUUGACUUUAUGAAAUUAUAAAUAUGAUGUAAAGCAUCAAAUUCAUCAGUGUUCACCUGAUUUGUGUUCUUUACAGUACGGGUUCAUCAAUAUUUGCCUCCAUUCACUUGUGAUGGAGCGAUUUGGCCAAAAGACUUGGGACAAACUGAGAUCUCUACCAGGCAUCCAGGAUAUCUUCAUGACAUAUACGGUUUACGACGAUAUCCUUACCAUAAGUCUUGUGCAGGAGGCCUGUUCCCUGCUGGAUAUACCUGCUGAUGUAUUCCUUAAGCUUUUCGGAGAACAUUUCUUCAAAUUCUGUAAAAAAGCGGGCUAUGACACAAUGCUGAGGACACUGGGAGGAAAUCUCGUUGAAUUCAUUGGAAAUCUGGAUGCUCUUCAUAGUUACCUGGCGCUGUCCUAUCAGGAAAUGAAUGCACCAUCUUUUCGAGUGGAGAUGACAGGCAAUGGGGAGAUGCUGCUUCACUACUAUUCUGACAGGAAGGACCUGUACCAUAUUGUACCUGGAAUCAUAGAAGCAGUUGCCAGAGAAUUCUUUAAUAGUGAAGUGAACAUGAUGGUUCUCAGCCAAUCCGAGGAGAAUGAACACACGGGGAAGAAGGAGCAUGUUGUGUUUCUUGUAAAACAAACCAACGGUGCUAGCAAGGAGGCAUUAUACAGAAGAAUGAGAGACAGGUAUGCGUCACUGGCGGGAAAAAUGAGUGGCUGGGAGUUGAUGAGAUCUGUGAUUCUCUCAAAAAAAGGCAACCAGUCCACCUUCACUCCAUGUUACCCAGAUAAGCUGUGGGUGGAAGAAAAAGCUUUCUGCAAAGCUUUCCCUUUCCACAUCAUCUUUGAUGAAGAUCUGAAGAUAAAGCAGACAGGGGUGAACAUACAGAGGUUUGUUCCAGGUCUUCAGGCCAGAGGUGCUACACUGGACCAAUUCUUCACUAUUAUAUACCCACAGGUGACCUUUACCAUUGAAAGCAUCAAGAAAUUCAUCAACAGUCAGUUUGUUUUGAAGAGCAACAAAGACAAAAAUGCACUCAAACUAAGAGGUCAAAUGUUGUGGAUGGAGUCCCUUGGCUGUAUGUUAUACUUGUGUUCUCCAAAACUACGAAGCCUCCAGGAACUUGAAGAUGUUGGCCUUCACUUGGCUGACCUUGCUCAGCAUGACGUCACUAGAGAUCUGGUUCUUCUCAACCAGCAGCGUCUAGCUGAGAUGGAGCUCACAAACCAGCUUGAGAGAAAAAAAGAGGAACUCAGAAUCCUGUCCCAACAUCUGGAGGCUGAAAAAGAGAAGACAGAAACUUUGCUGUAUGCCAUGCUUCCACGUCACAUAGCUAAUCAGCUUAAAGAGGGGAAGAGCGUCAAGGCAGUGUCUGUCUUCUCAGGAGAGUUUGAAGUGUGCACGAUUUUAUUCAGUGAUGUGGUAACCUUCACUAACAUCUGCGCUGCCUGUGAGCCCAUCCAUAUCGUUCAUCUGCUGAACUCCAUGUACUCCAAGUUUGACAGACUCACCAACAUACAUGACAUCUACAAGGUUGAGACUAUUGGUGAUGCAUAUAUGGUCGUUGGUGGUGUUCCAGUCCCUACAAAAACCCAUGCCCACAGAGUGGCAAAUUUUGCUUUGGGUAUGAAAAUUGCUGCGAGAGAAGUUAUCAACCCUGUAACAGGAAAGCCCAUACAGAUCCGUGUGGGUCUCCAUACCGGACCAGUGUUAGCUGGGGUCGUAGGAGAAAAAAUGCCUCGUUACUGCCUGUUUGGAGACACUGUUAACACUGCCUCCAGGAUGGAGAGUCAUGGAGUUCCUGACCACAUUCACCUCAGUAGUUCCACCUUCAGAGAGCUAAAGGAUGCAGGAUUCAACAUAAAGGAGCGUGGACAAAUUGAGGUGAAGGGUAAAGGACAGAUGAUGACAUACUUCCUGUUCGGGAACCUGCUGGUAUCAGAAGAUUAUAUAAUGGGAAGACAGGUUGAAAGGAAAGGACUUUACAGGGAUGACCUUCAUGAUCCAAUCAAAAAAGAGGCUGCCAAAAAGCUUGAUGUGAAAACUGAGACUGAGCAGACAGACAUACCCAUAGAUGUUGACGACUUUGGUGUGGACACCCCAUUUGCUUGGGACAUUACGGCACCAUAUGAGAGCAAUGACAACAGUUAUGACACACCUGCAUACAAUCUCAACAGCAGGCUCUGUCUUUUACUCUGAGGACACCAGCUGUCUCAAUACAUCAACAAAGUCUCAAUAGACAGUAACACACUAAAAAGGCUGCAGAUGAGUCUUUCAUUUGAAAGAGUGACUUUGGUUUUAUUCUAAAUGCUUUGUUGUGGAUUGGAAAAAGUUAAAUUCAUAUUUCUGUGUGAAUGAUUUCUGAUUAUACAUCUGAAAAAACAAAGUGUGUCUCAUUUUAAAUAAAUAUCCAUUCUGGUUGGCCUGUGAUUUAAAA